AUGGACUACUACCGGUGCUCGGACGAAGCGUUGCGUCGAGAACUUGACCGACGUCACUUUGCAACAUACGGCAAUCACGAUCUGCUGAGCGAACAGCUUCGAGCAGAUGAUGACGCGAAAGGCUCUGAGGCUACAACUGUGACAACAAGGUAUCCUUCAACAUGUGCGUCACGCGAGAUCAACCUCAUGCGGACAGCCGAGUUCGGCCAAACAGUACCGGCAACGCAGCUGGUGAACCAGAGGAUCAUAUACUGGAACUUGAACACCUUCUUUCCAGCACUCCAGCUCUUCUUCGAAUCCGGGUCAUCAUGUACGAUUGAUGGCGGUCGACUACCCGGCGCCGUCAUUGGCCUGGAUCCACAACUCCGGUUUCGCUUAACAGACUGCACGCACGAAGAGCAGGGUCGAUUCACCAAGUGCAUCGUACCGGACAAGUUUGCGCACUCGAGCGCCGGCAUAAAGAUUGUGGAAGCGACAGUCGCACAGCGGACUAGCGUCGCGGCGAAGUCCCGAGCAUCGAGUGGCUUGCUUUCGACAUCGGAGACUCAGCAUCUGGAUAUCAUGCAGGAGGCUCAUACUGUGGUUGGGCUGCGACUAAGUGGUAUGACCGACAUGGGUUAUGUCUGGGCCAAGACUGAAGCACCAUCAGCGCAGGCUGGAAAUCGUAAAUGGGGAGACGUGAGACUCGCUGGUCUCAGGAACGACACCCCAGCGUCCUUUUUGGGGCUUCCAGCUGACUUGCCCAAGCCCGGUGGAGAGCUGAUGGUGGUAGAGAAGGGCACUAUGAUCAUGCUGCCAGCUGUGACUCCCAGUGGGCUCGAUAGGCUGGGAAGACCUUGGAUAUGA